GCAUAAAUCCAAGGAAACAAACAACAUGGAGGUUGGCACUUGGAAAUUGGCUACUCUUCACAUGAUUUCCAUGCCAUAAAUGCCUCAGAGGAAAGAAGAUAAAAGAAAUCUAUCACAAUGCCAAUUUCAAAAAUUCCAAUCGCCCACAAGUUUGGGAUCAUCUCCCAUAGCCAGCGCCUGGAGCUUCAGGAGAGGCUCCUCAAACAAACAUAUCUCCAGAGUGUACAGAGCCAGAAGCUUAUUGUACAGACAAGUCGAAAUCCACUGGAAGUGACAGAGGACUUCAUUAAACAAUACAAUGAUGUUAAAGGACACGAAGAAAAGCAACAGUUAGAGACAACUGUUCAGAAGAUGCUAGAGAGGUCAAAGAGGAGAGCAGGACUACGGGACAAAGGGAAUGGAGCACAUGUCAAUCUACCGAUGGCAUGGACAGAAUUGGCUCAACUGGCACAGUGUAAAGGCAAGAUUCAAGAUGAGUGUUUGGAUGUGCUGAUUAUCUCCCUUGACCAGUCCCCACUGGAGAAGUACCAUAUCCCCGCCCUGUUCUUCCUGGCUGAGACAAUGUUGUACUGGCUGAGGACAGACUCUGUGCACCAACCUUACCUCAGAACAGGGGAGAUCAAACUUCUCAAGAUGGGUGAGCUGACCUUCACCAGGCUGUUUUACCAUCACAUGGCUGGUCAGCUUCAGGGACAGAAUGAAUUCAAGAGUCGACUGUUCACCUACCUGGAUGGUUUAGGAGAGUGUCAGGAAGCGUACAACCCCUAUCCCAAUGCACUUCUGUGCUUGAGAUUCAUCAUUACUGUGGGGAAGAUCAUCAUGGCUGAUGCCCAGAUGGAACCAGGAGAUAUCAAAGAGGGCGACUUCUUCUCAAAGCCGCGCACUCCACUCAGUAGACCAAGUCGGCCUAUGAGUCGGGACCAGUCCUAUGUGGGCAAUGGGAGUACAAAAGCUGACACAAGAGACAACACCAGCUUCUCUGCCCACAGUGGGGCCAUCAGUAGCAGUGUCCACGACCUCAGCCCCACCCUGUGGCACGCUCUGGACGUAUGGCGUUGUACCAACCACUUAGGGGGAGGGCUGGGGGAGGCGCUCAGAGCACUUGCUCACUGUGGUAUGGGGCUUUCCAACGAAAACUGGAUAGACACAAUGAUAGCUCUGAAAAUAUUGGCUGAGGCAGCAAAGACAGACAUAGCAGCCAUGCAGACGUUACACAGUCUGGCCCGCGGCAACAAGCCAAGGAUCAGAGGGGGUACGCCUCAGGACAGCUCCGGGACAGAUGGAUCAGCUGAUGACCAGGAUGAUGUGUACAGUGUUUCCAGUGACGGAGAUGAAUCUCACCACGGUGAUAUCGACGACAGCUACCUUAGUUCUAAACCAACCCUUAGCGAUAUUUAUGAGCGAAGCGAUGAGGACCGCGACUCAAGGUUAACCAACAAACAAACUCCUGACCAGAGAGAUGCUAAACUGAGCCGAGAAAACCUCGAGAGAUUUGAUAACAAACUUAAAUCUGCCUUAAAGGAGAACACAGUUACUUCACCUGGAAAGGGUCCUCAAAGAGAAGUGUCGUUCGCUGACAGUAAUGGGAAUGGAAAGAAAAAGGAAAAGAAAUAUUCACGGGAAUCAGACCACAUGAUAGACCCACACACCAGACAGUCGAAGCAGAGUGAUCAGACUGGGUUAAGGGUGGAGCUGGGAUCAGAUGCUAGCGGGCGGGACUCACAGGCUAGCUCUGUACCCACCUAUACAAACUUACCAAUGUCUAAUACUCCAGGUCUGAAUGGCUGGCACUGGGAGGUAGCCAUCACCUACACAGACAUCCUGGCUGAUAUCUGUCUGUACGGAGCCAACGCCAACAUCCAGAAACUGGCUCUGAUUGGGAACAACAAGGAUGUGAGUAGCCCGAUACGACAGCACACCCGCAAUGUACCACUCAAAAGUACCGGCCUGCUGGACCUCGCUUUCUUCCAUGCUACAAACGAAGUCAGGGAUGGUGGUCCCAAUGAUUGGAGCUGGAGAAUCCGGUACGGCGCCAUACAGUCGCUGGUGAAGGUUGUGCGUUGUCUUGGUGCGGACAAGAAUAAGGAGGGGAUGAAGACAGCGGCUUGGAACAUCCUACUGAGGGCACACUCCCACGAAAAGGAUGACCGUGUCCUCGAGGCACUGAAAGUGGGACAGGUCCAUACUGACAUAGAGCAAAUGUUUGAGAAAUUUGCGACACAAUCACAGCCAGUGAUGAUAGGAUCCAAGAUGGCUGCUGGACUUUCCAACAUUUACCUACCCCCACUGCCCCCUCCUGUAGACCACUUCAUCCCCAAACCAAAGACCUCCUCCCCACCCUUCAAACUCAAACAGGACAUCACCCCUAGAAAGACCCUCCCCAACAGGACAUCCCUCAAAGAGGAGAUCAUGCUGGCCACAGCACUGUAUGAACCACCGGUGGAUUUCAAAAAGAGGACAAGCUUUGAUUUGAGAAGGAUUGUUGAAGAUCAGUGGCGUAAGGAGUUACAGACGGAGAUGGAGGAGGAGGAACGACAGAGACAGCGAGACCUGGAGGCUAAACACAGGGAGGAAGAGGAAAGGCAAAGAUACGUGGCAGAGACACGCGAACAGAAACUGGCUAACAACAAGCGUAGUCCCAUACUAGUCGACUCGUCGGACAUUUAGGCUGGACACUUGGUGCUCUGGACAGUGAACAUCAAACCCAAAUGUGUGGAAUUGCCUCAUUUCUAAGGCCUUCAGCAAAGCUUUGCUCCCAAAUUUUUAUCUACCCCACUAGUUUUGAUGAUUCUAAAAAAAAAAUUGUAAAUUAAGAAAAUAUUUAUUCUGGUCUAGAGCAUUGCUUGUUAGAAUAAGUAAUAACCAUCUCUACAGUAUGAGGUAUUGAAAAGUGGAAAUCAACAAAAGGGGUUUUAAGUACAGGCAAAACCAAGAACUGAUUGAAAAUGUUAUUAAACAUGUAAUAGCCAGUUGUAUUUAUGUGAAUCACCUCUACCUCACCAUACUAUAGUGCUGCUGCUGAGGACACAAUUACACAUCUACAGGAGGUGUAGCUAGCUAUAUAUAUAUGGAAUUCCUUUACAGCCAGGAUUGUUUGGUUAGUGAGGAAUGAUGUAGGGGUGCUACCAGCUGUAUCCAUGAGAUUACCAUAAUUUUGUGAUGCUUUGGUACUAAGAUAUAAAUCUACACGAUGCACACACAUCAUGUCUGUUUAGUUUUUCUACAACCUACAUGCCACUGGAGCCUCUUAUAUGUCCUGUAGAUAGAUGACUGUUUCAGUGAUUUGUGCCGCUGGUGACACCUGUGAAUUAUGUAGUUGCGGCAACUUGUGCCUCUCCGAAGUGGACUCUUUUUCAGUGACUUGUGUUGAUGUAGACUUAGCUGGAAUGGACCGUUUUGGCAACUCAUGUUUCUAGUGCUGUUGGGCUCCUGACUGUAGCAACUUGAUUCGGUGGUGUCAAUGGUACCAUUCCUGGACUGGAUGGUUUUGGCAACUUGUGCCACUGGUGCUGCCCCUGAAGCAGACCGAUUCAAUGACUUGUGUCUCUCCUGGAGUGGACUCCAGGUACUAUGUAGUAAUAUAUGCUAUCAAGAAUUUUUACAACACAUCAUAUUGUUAUUAUUUCUUUUUUUUCAAGAUAACAAAAGGUAUUGGUAAUUCUCAUAAAAAAAUAACAAAUCAUAUUGAUACAUUUACAUUUUAAAAUGAUCUUCGUCUCCUGUCCUAUAUAUAUGUUACCAAGGGGUAAUACUACAAAUUAAAAUUGAGUUACAUUUUAAAUUUUGUUAUUUUCAAAUUUAAAUUUUCAAACCUGACUAUGUGAUAUGAUACAGAAACAUGUGUGUACUUGGUAUAUGAAAUACAGUAGAGUUUUGAUUACCCACUUACAAGUGUAUGUAUUUACCAAAUGUACAACAAGAGAAACUUUUAUCACAUAAAUUUGUAUCUUGCUUAAUUUAUAAUGUACAUGAAUAUGUAUUUGAGUGUGAGCAAUUUCAUACAAAAUUCUUUAUCAAAUCAUCAGAAAGCUAUAUACACUAGGUAUAAAUGUGGGUCAAAACUUACCAACAUCUUCCAUUAGAUAUUUAAAUACUACUUUUGUUUCUUGAAACAUACUGUUUUUUCAUGGUCCAUGCUUAAUUUGAAUUUGUUGUAUUGAAUUACAAGACAUAUAGACAUCAAGGAAAAGUACUAUUGUAACAAGUCAGUUACACGAUAUCUAGAUCCUAGGUGUUUAUGUGGUGGUUCUCACAGAAAUCUUGUUAGUGAUGUAAUGUAUUGUUAACAUACUGUUAUAACACGUUUACUAUGACAUGUCAGAAACUUGUUCUUAGUAGAAUAGUAUGUUGCAAAGAACACAUUUGAUGCAUAUAAAAUAUGUCGCAUAGUACGAACAAGUAUUGGACCAAUAUAUUUGCUAUCUGUGAUAUAUUUAUUUUCACUUCUAAACCUCUUUGUUAUUGCUCUAUGUCGUUAUCGUCCUUUGAAUUAAGUUUAACAGAUGUGAAGUAAAUCCGUCCAACAGCUGUAGUUUGUAUGCUAGAUGUUACUGGCCUUUCAUACAAGAUAUUGUAUAUGGUAUAAAACAAAUAAAAUAUUCAUUG